GAGUAUCUCAAUAAGGAUUCCAGACAAUGAGUCGUCGGAUAUCCGAUGAAGAGAUCAAGAACGCCAGCGCGCAUUCAGGGGGCCAUGCGGAGAGUGCCCCCUCGAAUGUUCAUAGGGUGGGAGAGCCCCCCAAGGCAAGCCUCGCCAAGGAGCUCAAAUUUGGGUUCAUGGAGACUUUCUUCCACGACGAUCCUUUGCGCCAUUUCAAAGAUCAAUCGGGUUGGAAGAAGUUCAUCCUCGGGAUUCAAGGAGUUUUCCCGAUACUCGAGUGGGGGAGGAAGUACAAGCUUUCGAUGUUUAAAGGAGAUUUGAUUGCCGGACUAACUAUCGCAAGCCUUUGCAUUCCUCAGGACAUUGGCUAUGCAAGCCUUGCAAAUUUGAAACCUCAAUUUGGGCUAUAUAGUAGUUUUGUUCCUCCCCUAAUCUAUGCCGCGAUGGGUAGCUCGAGGGACAUUGCCAUCGGCCCGGUGGCCGUGGUGUCUCUCUUGCUCGGAAGUUUAGUGCAGGACGAGAUCGAUCCUAAGAACAGGCACGAAUACGAGCGCCUCAUGUUUACGGCUACUUUCUUCGCGGGGAUGACAGAGUUCAUACUCGGUUUCUUCAGAUUGGGGUUCUUGAUCGACUUCUUGUCCCACGCCGCGAUCGUUGGAUUCAUGGCCGGCGCAGCCAUAACUAUUGGCCUUCAACAGCUCAAAGGUUUGCUCGGCAUAAAAAAAUUCACCAAGAAAACCGACAUCAUUCAUGUCAUGCGCGCCGUGUGGAGUCACGUGCAUCACGGGUGGAAUAUACAAACGGUACUAAUAGGCGUCUCAUUCUUGAUCUUGCUUCUCUUAGCCAAGUACAUCGGGAAGAGAAACAAGAAAUACUUCUGGGUUCCGGCGAUGACUCCAUUGAUUUCAGUCAUCAUUUCGACUUUCUGUGUCUACAUCUUCCACGCGGAUAAGAAAGGCGUGCAAAUUGUCGGCGAAAUUCAUAAAGGGAUCAAUCCUCCGUCGCUCAGCGAAAUCCAUUUCACGGGGAGCUACCUUACCAAGGGCUUACGAAUCGGCGUGGUGGCCGGAAUGAUUGCCCUUACGGAAGCGGUGGCGAUCGGAAGAACAUUUGCAGCGAUGAAGGACUAUCAGUUGGAUGGGAAUAAGGAAAUGGUGGCCUUAGGCACCAUGAACAUCAUCGGCUCUAUGACUUCUUGCUACGUAGCCACCGGAUCCUUCUCUCGGUCGGCUGUGAACUUCAUGGCGGGGUGCAACACGGCCGUGUCGAACAUCGUGAUGGCCUGCGUCGUCUUCCUAACGCUGGAACUGAUCACCCCACUGUUCCAUUACACCCCCAACGCCAUCCUCGCCUCCAUCAUCAUCUCUGCCGUCAUCCCGCUAUUCGACUACGAAGCAAUGAUGCUUAUAUGGAAGAUCGACAAGUUCGAUUUCCUCGCUUGUAUGGGAGCCCUCUUUGGAGUCAUUUUCGCCUCCGUUGAAAUAGGCCUUCUAAUCGCCGUGGUGAUAUCCUUCGCGAAAAUUCUUCUCCAAGUGACGAGGCCUCGGACAGCCGUGCUCGGUAGAAUUCCAAGAACGACGGUCUAUAGAAACGUUAUGCAAUAUCCGGAAGCCACUAAGGUUCCCGGCGUUGUGAUUGUGAGAGUCGACUCGGCGAUCUACUUUUCAAACUCUAAUUAUAUUCGCGAGAGAGUGUUGAGAUUGAUUCGCGAGGAAGAGGAACAACUCAAGGAGCACAGCAAAGAAGGAAUCAAGUACUUGAUAAUCGAAAUGUCGCCUGUGACCGAUAUCGACACUAGCGGGAUUCAUGCGCUAGAAGAGCUACACAAGAGCUUAAAAAAGAAAGAUUUGGAGCUCGUUCUAGCGAACCCGGGGCAGGUGGUGCUGGACAAGCUGUAUUCGUCGGACUUUGCCCGGGAAAUCGGAGAAGACAAGAUUUUCCUCACUGUUGCAGAUGCUGUCACAGCUUUGGCACCUAAAUUGGAGCCAUGAACAAGUCCAUCACAUUACAUCAUUCCUUUGUCGUCGUCGUCGUCGUCGUCAUCAUCUUCUUCUUCUUAGUUCUUACCGAUAUCUCCAAGUGAUUGAUCAAUCAAUCCAUCCAUCUUGGGAUGAAAAAAUCAUGUUAAGUUUGUGUAAUUAAUCUUCGAUUCGGACUGCUUGCACGCGAUGUACAUACGGAGACAUCAUCUAGCUAGUCGAAUCUAUCUUAGGUUCCCUUGUUUUAUUUUCAUUUCUUUUGAUCGAUCGUUUGUUUUGUAUUGGGGCGGG